UAUGAGUAAAAAUGAUAAAAAUCAAAAGUUGACUGCUUAUGAAAGUUAUAAGAAAAUAGAAUCUGAAAUCAAAUUUCAAACUAAUCUCUUAGAGAAAUCAAAUCCAACUAUCAGGUGUCCAAUACAUUAAUAUAAUUACUCCAAAACUUGUAGGUAGUACCAAAAUUUGAAUCAUUAGAUAAUGUAAGAAAAUUGUUGUAGAAGAAGUACCAACAUAUUAAGAAAAAUCAAUUAAUAUGGACAAAUAUCAUUAUGAUGUUGGAGAUAGAGGAGAUAAUAUAAUACCAAUGUAUUUGUGAAAAUUUAAUGAAAGUCGAGGAGAAAAUGCUAUCAGCAAUAUGAAUUCAUUAGUUAGAUAAAAUAUACUAACAUGUCCAUAUUACAAAGAAUUAUUAUAGAUUAGAGAUAUUAAUGAUAUUGUCACAGAGACUGAUAAGAUUGUUACUUCUGUUGGUACUUGGGCAGGUCCAGGAGUACCAUCAUCAUUCUUUUGUAUAUUACAUAAAUUGAUGAGUAUGAAUUUGAAUGGUAUGCUUGAUUAAAUAAAUAUAUUAGUAAAAUAAUUACAAAUUUUAUGUGAUUGGAAAUUGAAUCCAUAUGUUAGAUGUUUAGGAUUAUUAUAUUUAAGAUAUUCAUUAGAUCCAAAUUUUUUAUGGGGAUGGAUGAAGAGAUAUAUUUUAGAUGAAUAAGGUAUUUAAAAUGUAAUUAAUAUUAGAAUUUAAACCUUCUAAAGAUGAAACUAUUACUAUUGGAGAUUAUUGUGAAAGAUUACUCACUGACUUAAAUUAUUAUAAUACUAGAUUACCUCGUAUUCCAUAAUAGAUUGAUACUAUCAUAUAAGCUAAAAUAUUAUUGGCUUAAGAAAAGAGAUAAAGAAGAAAUAUUAAUUAAAGAAUUAUGCCACUUUUAUAACCAGGUGUCUCAGUUAGAGCAAUUUCAUAAAAAGAUGAUGAAUGGCAUGUUGGUAAAAUAGAAAAUAUUGAUGGAACAUUUCUUAUUAUUUAAUUUGAUGAAGAAAAAGAAAGAAUAAGUUUAGGUGAAAUUGAAUUUAUACCUAAGAAUGAUGAAUAAAGAUUAUAUAUAGCAUAAAUGAUUACUGAAGGAAUGUAAGAAGGUUAAAUUUAAUUACCAUAAGAAGUUAUAUCAUAAAAAUCACCUUCAAAAUCUAAAUCUAAAAAGAAAAAAAGAUCAAGUUCUAGUAGUAGUGAAACUAGCAGUAGUAGAAGUAAAAGUAGACGUAGAAGUCACAAGAAAAAGAAAAAUAAACAUAAAUCAUAAAAAGAACAUAAAAAAAAGAAGGAUAAAAAGAAAGAAAAAGAAAGAGAAAAAUAAAAAUAAAAAAAAGACAAAGAUAGAGAUAGAGAAAGAGAAAGAGAUAGAGAAAGAGAUAAAGAAAGAUAAAGAUCUAAUAGUCCAGAACUUGGUUAAUAUGAAACAAAUAAAGAAAGAUAGGAAAGAUUAGAAAAAGAAAUUAGAAGAAAAUAAAUGGACAAAGCAGUUGCACAUUCUAAAUAAGAUGUUGCAAAAAUACCUGCCUCAUAUAAAACUUCUUUGGCUGCUGCAUUACCAACUUCAACAAAACCAGUUAGACAAAGUAGUCCAUCCCCUAUUAAAAAAAAGGAAUAAUUUAUUGAACUAGGAAAUUCAGAUAAUAACAAUACUAAAUUUGAAAAAGAAUCAAAAACUGAUGUAAUAUUUUAAUAUUAUUUAUAGUAAAAUAAUCCAUUUUUAAAAGAAUUAAUUAAAAAAUAUGGUGAUGAUGAUGUAUGA